AUGAAAAAUGUAACCGAUUCUUUCCUUUCCUUGGGUUAUUGGUCAUCCGCCGGGAGUUUCGGGUUUAAUACCGAUAUUUUAGCAACAAAUCCAAUAAAUCUAAGUGUAGUGUUCGGUGUAUUGAUUUUUUUUGGAAAGGGAGUGUUAAAUGAUUUAUUAGAUAAUCGAAAACAGAGGAUCUUGAAGACUAUUCGAAAUUCAGAAGAACUACGCGGGGGGGCUAUUGAACAGCUGGAAAAAGCCCGGGCACGUUUAAGGAAAGUGGAAAUGGAAGCAGAUCAGUUUCGAGUGAAUGGAUACUCUGAUAUAGAACGAGAAAAAUUGAAUUUGAUUAAUUCAACUUAUAAAACUUUGGAACAAUUAGAAAUUUACAAAAAUGAAACCAUUCAUUUUGAACAACAAAGAGCGAGUAAUCAAGUCCGACAACGGGUUUUCCAACAAGCCUUACAAGGAGCUCUAGGAACUCUGAAUAGUUCUUUGAACAAUGAGUUACAUUUACGUACCAUCAAUGCUAAUAUUGAGAUGUUUGGCACGCUGAAAGAAAUAACUGAUUAG